CCAUUGUUUCUCAUUUUCUUCACAACUUGAGCUUCUUAUUAGUUUCUUAUUAGUUUACCAACCAUCAUCAUGUCUAGGCAGUUUCUCCUGUUUUUUGCCCUACUUUUUGUUUGUGCUGUCCCUGCGCUCGUCAGCGCUCGGCUUUUGAGGAGGCCAUUUCAUAUCAGAGGACGAGCAUUUUGUGAUACUUGCCGUUGUGGCUUUGAGACCAACAAAACUACUUAUAUUCCUGGUGCGAAGGUAAGAAUCGAAUGCGAAGACAGGACGACUUUCCGGCUAAAAUACAGCGUGGAGGGCGUAACCAACUCGGAAGGAACAUUCAACAUCAAAGUCGAAGAUGACCAUGAAGACGAGAUAUGCUAUGUUUCUCUUGUUAGCAGUCCGUGGCCUAGUUGCGCUAAACCUAACGCAGCUCGCAAUAGUUCUCAGGUGAUACUGACUCGCAACAAUGGUGCUAUUGCUGACCUGCAUUAUGCCAAUUCCUUGGGCUUUUUAAGGGAUGAGCCGAUGUCUGGCUGUGAAGAGUUGGUUAAGUAUCUUCUUGAAUCUGAUAUAUGAGUAGGAAUCUGUCCAAAAUCUCUAACUUAUUUUUAGAUAGAGAUCCGUUGAUUGUAAUUUUUUGUGUUUGAUGUUUUUAGAUUUCAAUGUGAUCGUAUUGAUGUGGCGAUAAUAUUUACUAUGUGUCUCUUAGCUCAGGAGACUCCUGCAAAAUCAACGUAUUGCUUAGUGCUUUGCAA